CGAGGAACAAUGACACGCUUAAUUAAGGUCACAAUUGAGUGCAGUUUGGACUUGGAACAUUGAGCUCGAGGCACCAAUCACCUGUCCCGAGAAAUGACCAGAGAGGGGUGAGAGCAGAGGACGAAACGCCAACUACUAACUUGUCUGCCUCACAUAGGCAGUGGCGUGCUGCUCUUAUGGAAGAUUUGGCUCUCUUUCCAUCUCUCGGAGAUCUCUCCCUCUAUCCUUCCUUCUGUCAGUUCUUACUCCCGAUCUUGUAGCGGCACUUUCUUCCAAUAAUUAACGAGCUCAACGAUGGCGAUGACGAUGAAAUCAUUCUUCAAAGGGCUGAAGACAAUCUCCCAAAUAUUCGCUCACAGGGAGCAUGAGAUGGAGAUGGAAAUCGGGAACCCUACGGACGUGAGGCAUCUGUCCCACGUAGGUCUGGGCACCGCAGAUGCAUGCCCAAGCUGGAUGAGUGAGUACAGAGGGAUGGAUCAGGAGUUGUCGGCAGGGUCAGUGGUGCAGUCAAGGCAUACCUCCUGGGCCUCCUUAGACUUCGAGCAGACACCGAGAGCAACCACCACGCUGCCCGUGGAAGAACAACUCUACCCGGCCGACAGCUCCGGCGCCGGCCAGGACCCAGCUGCUGGAGCCCCUAAUAAGAACCCGCCGCCGCAUACGACGACGACGAGGAAGAGGAACAGGAAAGCCAGCAGGGCCUCAUCGUCCUCCUCUUCGUUCGCCACAGCACUGGGCGAUCUCAGCGAGCCGCAUCCUCACGGCCACGGGCCGGCGCCGCUGCGUACCGCGAGUUGCCGAGCCAGCUGCUAGAGUCUUUCCGUGGGUUUUGUUUUGUACUCCCUCCGAUCCUAAAUUCUUCUCUCAUAUUUGCCCAAAUAUGAAUAUAUCUAUUUUUAAAAAGUGUUUAGAUAUAUAUAAUAUUUUAACAACAAUUUAGGACAGAAGUGAGUACUACAUUAUAUGAAUUUUAAUGGAUCGAAGGCAUCGAUGGAUCAGGCCCUGCUAGAUCAAAA